GUCGGAGUUAUCAGCGCGAGCGGUAUCAGUACCUGUCAGUGAGUGUUCACAUGCCAAGCGCUACGUCGUCGUUGGUUCAUCCUCGCCGGUCUGUCAGUCUUGUCUUGACUCUUCAUCAGUGCUACUGUGUCGUGAUUCCUCUCUGUGUUUAGUGCACCACGAACUAUCCUUGCAGUUCCACGCUUCAGAUUUUCUGGACUAUAGUGAUUUGCUGACUUUUAGCACCUUUAAAUUGAUAUCCUCGUCAAGUUCUGGGUUUCUGCACUUCGAAGCCGUAUUCCCCGUCACGCUCGAGUUUGCCGGCCCAUGACCUGCCUGCUAAGUCAUUCGUUACAGUUGUAUAAACUGAUAAAAAUGGGCGUCACACAGGUCGAAACCCAAACAAGGAUCGAAGAAAGGCUUUUCCCGUCAUUUCUAGAUUUAAAAUUAUGGAAUCCGGUCGAGAAAGACGAAAACACCAAGCAAUGGGAACCUCUCUUCCACAAGAGUAAAUUCUUACGAUCAUCAUCCCUGAAUAGAAUUAAACAGUUCCCAGCCUACCUUUGCAAUCAAAGUUCUUCUGAUAUUUUGAUCUGGAUUCACGCAGCAAAGGCUGCACUAGCUCACACAUUUAAAUCAGCAAAUAAACAGUUCCAAUCAUUAGCUUUCAUUUUGGCUGUCUACUCUGCUCUGUUCCUUUUAGCGGCUCAACUGUGUGCCUUUGUUGUCAUUUUAUCAUCUGCACCCAUGCCAGCCGGUUUAAUUUUCAUGUACGGCAACAUUGCUUGUCUUUUCGCCUUAGGCCUCUCCAUUCUUCCACAUCAAAACCAAAACGCUAUGAAGAAAAGAAAACAAAGCUAAUUGUCAACAGAUUGAAGGAUGAAGCAAAACUUAGACUUCAGCCUCAACCUCUUACAAAAUCACCUACCUACACUGUAUAUAUUGUAAAUUAAGUUGUUUAAGUCAGUCACAACUAUAAAUUGUGAUCAUCCUUCCCUCGUGUUUUGAUCGCUAAUACAUUAUUAGUUGAUUUACUCAUGUUGAUUCAUGAAGACUGUAUAUAGAGUGUUUUUAAUUGUAUUACUUAAUUAAUUUAUUUAUUUAAUUUAUUCUAUUCAUAACGAAUUAAUUUUACGUCAUAGAGACUGCGAUUGAAUGACUGUGCCUUAAACUAAAGUUCAAGGUUAAGUACAUACAAAUAGUUGCGGUUCAGUUCAAAUCCAAAACUUUUUUAUUUUUAUGUUCCUAAUGCAUAAAAAUGUUUAAAGAAAAAGGGAUAUAUGCUAUGAGAGGAUACUUAUCCUCAAUGCCUUCUCUAGCAUGGCUAUACGUAAAUAAUUUUAAUUUACAUAGCGGGGAAAAGCACAUAAAUAUCGCCAUAAUGAUUAUAAUAACCAAUUAAAAUAUUUUAGAACUGUGUCUCAACAUUGUAGUUCCUGACACCUUUGGUCUUUUAAUACAAUUUUUAGACUUAAUGUAGUUUCUGAACUUUGACUUUCUUCGACUUGUAUCCGUGAGCAUUUAAAGACAUCGAUUAGUUAAUCUCGAAAAGUUGUAUCUUUGUUCUCUUUUUUCCCAUAAAAUUUACACUUGAUCGAAAUUUAGAGGAGGCUAAUCAUCUCCAUUUUGAUAGAUGAAAACGCCAGAGUCUUAAUUUAAUCAUUUGUAUCGCACCAAAGAAAAUAAUAUUUUCGUACGUAAUUUUAUUGCUCCAUGUAGGUUUUUCGGGAUCUGUUUGAUUUUUCGCCCAGAAAUUUGUAUCUUUUUGUGUCUGUAAUGAAAAAGAUCCAUGAAUUUAUCAAAAUUGUGAAAAAUAAUUGUAUAAAGUCCCACGCUAAGUUCCGUAAAUACAAACCCCAAUUGUUUAAAUUACCCGCAUGUGUGUGAUACAAUGAUAAUUGUUUUUAAUAUUGCUUUGUGUUUAGGAUCAAUGGUCUACAUUUUACAUCUUUUCAUGUGAACAAUUUUAUUCUCAGUACAGAUUUUUAUAAACUUCCAACUAUCAUUCAAAUUUGCGGACGCUGACAACUUUUAAGAGCCAUUUACAAAUGAACAUCCAAAAGUAAACCGGUUAUUUUUUUAUUAAAAUCUUAAGCUUCCGACUAUACUGGAGCUUGAUAUGUGAUUUCCGCUAACUUUUUUUUCCGUGUCUUCCAUCGAAAUAAUUUGCAAGAAUUCAUAGUCCCAUACUUUGCGAAGCACAUCAGUUGUCAAAAUCUAAUUAAAAUCUGAGAGAAAUAAGUUUCUACCGAUUCUACGUAACAUUGUUUUGAUUGAAAAAAGCUGCUCAGCCCUUUUUCAGAUGAAGUUUGAACGCCUAGACUAUACUAGAACAAAAACUCAAAUUCCUGCAAAACAUUUUCCCCUGUCUUCGUUUGUAUUUCCAGUCACUUUAAUUGCUUUCCAUGAAUGAGAGGUAAAGACUGGUCAUUUAUGACAAAUUUUUAAUUUUAAGAUACCAAUUGAUAAAUAUGUUAUGUAAAUGUUAUGCAUUAUGUGAUCUAUUAAGAGAAAAAUAAAAAACAAUUUUGAAUCUGUUUUUGGUAAUA